AUGAAAAUAAAGCCAAAAGGAUCUCUACCCACAAGUGCUUCCGCUUUUAAUUUGGUUGUGUUAUUGGUCCUGUCGGCGGGUCAGCUUCAGACCUUGAAUGUAGAGGAAGGUAGGAAGGAAGAUGAAAUUCCAAUUGAAGGUCACGAUCCUAAAGGGAUUUGGAAACGCUUGAGUUCGAAAGUGGUAAUUAAAAAAUUUGACCUGGAUUCUCGUUGGGGAUACGGGACUUUUCUCACUGCUUAUAUGAUUGUCAUCUUCAUGCAUCCUUUGCAUUACUACUCUUAUGUGAUCAAUCCCAAAAAAAAUUGCCUUGAAAUCGACAGUGAAUUGUAUGCCACGUUUGCCGUCGUCGCCUUCUUCAACACUUACAUGCUUCUAUAUGUUCCCAAUGUCAUCAGAAAAAUCUUUGCGGGAACUAUUACUAAAGAGAAGGGGAUAGAACAUUUCAUGUUUACUCAAGUACCCGUCUUGUUGAUGACAUUGACGAUACUUCCAGAUUUGACAAGGGGAACAACGGAUAGGAUAUUCUUGACUACAACGAACUUGUUUCUUUUCGGAUACAUGCUUCUGGUUAUUGGACUCUCGAUAACUAUUAGAAAUGCCUCCAAGCAUACAGGUUUCAUUGCCAAAGCCAAAUGGGCAAAAGCUGUGUUCAAUCUUUUCCUUUACUUGCAUGGAGGUCAUGUAUUUGGAGCAAUUUGGUACUGUUUUGCCAUCGACAGAGUUCUAGUAUGUUGGAGAGAUGAGUAUAUUUUCAAGAAUACAUUGAAAUUUAGUUCUUUUGUUUGUGGUAAUAAGAAUUUAGAGAAGCUAAGUUGUCUUAGAACGGCACGAGCUGGUGGAAAUAACACAGAUUUUGGAAUAUUCAAGGACGCUCUUCAAUAUAGAAUUGUGGAAAUGAAAUCAUUUCCGAAGAAAUAUUUAUUCUGUUUACGAUGGGGUCUGCAAGUUCUCAGUUGUUUCGGUCAAAAUCUUGAAGCAAGUACCUUUCCCUUGGAAAAUAUCUACGUGAUUUCUGUAAUCAUCUAUUCCACGUUGCUAUUUGUGUUUUUAAUUGGAAAUAUGCAGACAUAUCUACAAUCCGAAAGCGAAAAACCAGAGGAUAUCAACAACAUGAAGAGGGAAGAACGCUUAAAAUGGUUAAAGAAACUAGAAGAGUUGGGAAAAUGGGAAGAACCAUCUUUGAAGGCGCUGUUUUCUCGUAUCAAGCCAGCUUUCUAUGGUGACCGAACUCUCAUUGUCCGGGAGGGAGAACCGAUUAGUGAAAUUCUCUUCGUGUUGCGAGGUGAAAUAUGGACAUACACUUCGUCCAGGGGCAUGGAUAAUAGCAAUAAUAACAAAACUGAUUAUGUGAAAGAGGGUGGAUACUUCGGGAAAGAACUUGUGGAUUGGGUUAAGGACCCUUCAUCCAACUUCCCAAUCUCAACAAGAAAUGUUCUAGUGGUUAAGCAAGUGGAAGCCUUUGUUCUUACGGCCUAUGACUUGAAGCAUGUGCUCAUUGAUAAUCCACCACCAGCAGCAAAGAGAAGCCUGAUAUCAUCCCUAAAGAACAAUAGAUUUGUCAGAUGUUUUGAUAUAUAACUUAAUUUUCGGAUGAGAAUAUGAAAUAUUUGACACUUAUCCUGUACUUUGAUGUGUCCAACUAUUAUAAGUUUAUGUUUGAUGUUGCUUCAAUUUUGAGCAAUGACUCUAAGAUUUCGCUUCUG